GAAAAAGAGAGAAUAAAAAAAAAAAAAAAAAAAAAAAGGCAAAAUCAAACAAAGAGUUAGGGUUUGACUGAUAAAAACCCUGAAAAUCGCGUGAAAAAAAACGUAAAAUUCAUCCAAAGAAGAGAGAGAAAGAGGCAUCAAGAAAAAGAAAAAAAAUUAUAAAAAAGAAAAAUUAGAAAAAGCACAAAUCAGCAGAUUCCGACGAGUUCGGACUGUUGAGCCAAAACCCACAUCUUCUUCUUUCUUCCGAUCUGUGAAUUUGGACCCACAAAUUUGCCGCCAAAAUAUACUUUUCUUUUUUUGAUUUCUUACCUCAUUGAUUAUUAUCAUCACACCUUCCAAUUUUCCUAUAAUUGUUGAAAUUUAUAUACUGAAAAAAGGGGAAAAAAAGUGAGUGAAAAAAGUGGGGUAUUGGGUAUUUUUAUUUAAAGAAAUUGACACUUGAAUUUUCAGAAGUGGGGGCAAAAUUUGAAAUGAGGGUUUUCUCAUUUUGUUGAUUAGGAUUUCUGGGAAUUUUCCCAAUUUUUGAUUUUUCUUGUUUUUUUUUUGGGGGUUGUUUUAGGGGUUUAAUUUUAUGCAAUCUGGCGGUGGGUCCCAGCACGCCGGUGCCGGCGGGCAUGGUCGGAGUCCGGCGUCUGCCGCCGCAUCGCCAUCGUCAUCGUCAUCGGCGGCCUCGCAACAGCAGCAGCAGCAGCAGCAACAACAACAGCAUUUUGAUUCAAUUCAGCAGCAACAACAGCAACAGCAAAGACAGUCACUACAACAACAACUGCUACGAAAACCUGAAGGAAAUGAAGCCAUCCUAGCUUUCCAAGCUGCUGGUUUGCAGGGUGUUAUGGGUGGGGCUAAUUUCAUGGGAUCUCCAAGCUCAUUGCAAUUUUCACAGCAGCAAAGAAAAUACCUUGAUAUGGCUCAGCAACAUGGAUCUCCUCAUUUACGUGAAGAAGGUCAAAAUAAGAAUCCUGCUCAUGAGCAACAAGGUUUAAAUCCAGUCCAUCAAGCAUAUAUGCAAUAUGCUAUGCAGGCUGCAAAGCAAAAAUCUGUUAUGGGCAUGCAACCUCAAGGGCAAACUAACAUGGGAAUGGGAAGCCCUUCAUCUUCAAAAGACCAGGAUAUGCGUAUGGCAAAUAUGAGAAUGCAGGAGCUUGCUUCAAUGCAGGCAACUAACCAGGCCCAGGCAGCUGCAUCAAAGAAGUCAUCUGAGCCUUUUGGUCGUGUCGAGAAGCAGAUAGAACAAGGUCAGCAGGGGGGCUCUGAUCAGAGGAAUGAGCCAAAGCCCCCUAUGAUGCAGACUAGUAUGGGACAUCCUGCUUCUGCUAAUAUGAUGAGGCCUGUACAAAAUCCACAGGCUCAGGCAGGGAUUCAAAACAUGGGAAAUAAUCAAAUGGCUGUUGCGGCUCAGUUACAGGCAUGGGCACGGGAACGUAAUAUCGAUUUGUCACAACCUGCAAAUGCCAAUUUGGUGGCGCAGCUGAUGCCAUUAAUGCAGUCUAGGAUGAUUUCUCAGCAAAAGUCGAAUGAAAGUAAUUCACAGCCUUCUCCUGUCCCUAUGCAAAGACAGCAGGUUACUUCUCCACCUGCUACUAGUGAAAGUUCACCCCGUGCAAACUCUUCAAGUGAGGUUUCUGGGCAGUCAGGUGCUUCUAGAGCUAGGCAAACAGUUCCACCUGGUCCAUUUGGUUCAGCUUCAAAUGCUGGUAUAGGUAACAGUACUAACAAUUUGCCUGCACAGCUCUCUGUACACAGUAGAGAUAACCAGGCACCUUCAAUGCAAUCACCAAUGGUGGGAAAUGGAAUGGCUUCUGUCCAGGCAUCACGCCCUUCUAUGAACUUGAACCAAGGUUCAGAACAUUCUAUGAAUGUUAAAAAUGCAGGAAAUGGUCAAGAAGCAUUGCAAAUGCAGUAUCCUAGACAGGUAAACCAGCCAUCGUCUCGACCAGCAAGUGCACCAAAUGAUGGAGGAUCAGGAAAUAAUCUUCCUCUCCCAGCUCAGCCGCCAUCCCAGAUCUCUCAGCAGCAAUCUGGAUUCACUAAACAGCAACUUCAUGUUCUUAAGGCCCAAAUUCUUGCCUUUAGACGCCUAAAGAAAGGGGAAAGCACUCUUCCCCAAGAAUUGCUUCGAGCUAUUGCUCCCCCUCCUCUUGAAUCACAACCACUGCAGUCUGUUGUCCCUGCUGGUUCUAUUAAUCAGGAUAAGUCCACUGUUAGAAAUGCUGAUGAAAGUCCAAAGCAUGCGGACUCUGGUGAGAAGGCUCCCCAAGCUCCCCCGCCUGCUCUUGCAAAAAAUUCCCUCAAAGAGGAGAUUUCUACAAUUGAUGAAAAGGCAACAAUCUCAACUAAUAUGGCAGGUGCAACAUCUGUGACUAGAGAGACUUCUUCAGUAUUAUCUCCUGAGAAGGAGGAUCAGCAAGCUGCUCCUGUUAUUAUUAAAGCUGAACAAGAUGUUGAACGCAAUUUACAAAAAACUCCUAAAAGAAAUGAUGUUGGUACGGAUAGGGGUAAGGCUAUUGCGCCAGUAUCUGUUGGUGAAAGUGCACAGGCUAAGAAACCCCUGCAAACAGCUUCAUUAUCCCAGCCAAAAGAUGUCAGCUCAAGUAGAAAAUAUCAUGGUCCUUUAUUUGAUUUUCCCUGUUUUACUAGAAAGCAAGAUUCUCUUGGGUCUGCAGUUAUGGGUAAUAACAAUUUGUCUUUGGCGUACGAUAUCAAAGAUCUUCUUUCUGGAGAAGGAAUGGAAGUAAUUAAUAAUAAAAGGGCAGAGAACUUGAGGAAGAUUGGUGAGUUACUAGCAGUCAACUUAGAGAGGAAGAGGAUCAGGCCAGAUCUUGUUGUGCGACUGCAGAUUGAAGAAAAGAAGCUUAAACUUUUGAACCUUCAAGCACGUGUAAGGGACCAAGUAGAUCAUGAGCAGCAGGAGAUUAUGGCAAUGACUGACAGGGAAUAUAGGAAGUUUGUCCGUAUUUGCGAGCGACAACGGUUGGAGCUCUCAAGGCAAGUUCAGGCAUCACAGAAAGCUAUGAGAGAAAAGCAGCUCAAAGCUAUAUUUCAAUGGCGCAAGAAGCUUCUUGAGGCACAUUGGGCCAUCCGUGAUGCCCGGACAGCUCGCAACCGAGGUGUUGCAAAAUAUCAUGAGAGAAUGCUUAGAGAGUUCUCAAAGAGAAAGGAUGAUGAUAGAAAUAAAAGGAUGGAGGCAUUGAAGAAUAAUGAUGUGGAAAGGUAUAGGGAAAUGCUUCUGGAGCAGCAGACUAGCAUUUCAGGUGAUGCUGCUGAGAGAUAUAAUGUUCUUUCGACAUUUUUGACCCAGACUGAAGAAUAUCUUCACAAAUUGGGGAGCAAAAUAACUGCCACCAAAAGCCAGCAAGAGGUUCAAGAGGCUGCUGCUGUUGCUGCGGCUGCUGCUCGAUCUCAGGGCUUAUCAGAAGAAGAAGUUAGAGCUGCUGCUGCUUGUGCUGGUGAGGAAGUCAUGAUCCGAAAUCAGUUUUCCGAAAUGAAUGCACCUAAGGAUAGUUCAUCAGUGAACAAGUAUUACAGUCUUGCUCAUGCUAUAAAUGAGAGGGUCGUGAGACAGCCUUCGAUGUUGAGAGCUGGGACUCUGCGAGAUUAUCAGCUAGUUGGUCUACAGUGGAUGCUUUCUUUGUAUAACAACAAGUUGAAUGGAAUUUUGGCAGAUGAAAUGGGUCUUGGAAAAACUGUACAGGUGAUGGCAUUGAUUGCUUACUUGAUGGAAUUCAAAGGGAAUUAUGGACCCCAUCUAAUCAUAGUUCCGAAUGCUGUUUUGGUGAAUUGGAAGAGUGAGUUGCAUACCUGGCUGCCUUCUGUAUCCUGCAUUUACUAUGUUGGUGCAAAGGACCAAAGAGCCAAAUUAUUUUCUCAAGAAGUUUGUGCCAUGAAAUUUAAUGUUCUUGUCACAACCUAUGAGUUCAUUAUGUAUGAUCGUUCAAAGCUCUCUAAAAUUGAUUGGAAGUAUAUCGUGAUAGAUGAAGCACAGCGAAUGAAGGACCGAGAAUCAGUUCUAGCACGUGACUUGGACAGAUAUCGUUGCCAGAGGCGUCUUCUUUUGACAGGGACUCCUUUGCAGAAUGAUUUGAAGGAACUGUGGUCUCUAUUAAAUUUACUUCUACCUGAAGUAUUUGACAAUCGCAAAGCAUUCCAUGACUGGUUUUCUCAACCAUUCCAAAAAGAAGGCCCUACCCAUAAUGCUGAGGAUGAUUGGCUUGAGACAGAAAAGAAGGUUAUCAUUAUCCAUCGACUUCAUCAGAUUUUGGAGCCAUUUAUGCUCAGACGCCGUGUUGAAGAUGUAGAAGGCUCCCUUCCUGCUAAGGUGUCAUUUGUUUUAAAAUGUAAGAUGUCUGCUAUCCAGAGUUCUAUAUAUGAUUGGGUUAAAACUACUGGGACUCUUCGUGUGGAUCCUGAGGAUGAGAAGCUUAAGGUCCAAAAAAGUCCGUAUUACCAGGCUAGAGCUUACAGAACUUUAAAUAAUAGGUGUAUGGAACUCCGGAAACUUUGUAAUCAUCCAUUGCUUAGCUACCCAUUUUUUAAUGACUUUUCAAAGGAUUUUCUUGUGAAGUCAUGUGGGAAAUUAUGGAUCUUGGACAGAAUUCUUAUAAAACUUCACAGAACUGGACACCGGGUGCUCCUCUUUAGUACCAUGACCAAGCUUCUUGACAUCUUGGAGGAAUAUUUACAGUGGAGGCGACUCUUGUAUAGGCGAAUUGAUGGAACUACUAGCUUGGAAGACCGGGAAUCUGCAAUUGUGGACUUUAAUGAUCCGCAGACUGAGUGCUUUAUCUUUUUGCUGAGUAUCCGUGCUGCUGGACGAGGUUUAAAUUUACAAACUGCUGAUACAGUCAUUAUUUAUGAUCCUGAUCCGAACCCCAAAAACGAGGAACAGGCAGUUGCCAGAGCUCAUCGCAUAGGACAAAAAAGGGAAGUCAAAGUCAUCUACAUGGAAGCAGUUGUUGAUAAAAUACCUAGCCAUAUAAAGGAGGAUGAGUUCAGAACUGGAGGGAUGGUUGACUUAGAAGAUGAUCUUGUGGGAAAGGAUCGAUAUGUGGGUUCGAUUGAGAGCCUAAUAAGAAAUAAUAUUCAACAAUAUAAGAUUGACAUGGCUGAUGAAGUAAUCAAUGCUGGACGUUUUGAUCAAAGAACAACACACGAGGAGAGACGAAUGACAUUAGAAACGCUAUUGCAUGAUGAAGAGAGGUAUCAAGAGACUGUUCAUGACGUUCCCUCUCUGCAGGAGGUAAAUCGAUUGAUUGCAAGGAGUGAAGAAGAAGUUGAGCUCUUUGAUCAGAUGGAUGAAGAACUUGAUUGGAUUGAGGAGAUGACGAGGUAUGAUCAGGUACCUGAGUGGCUUCGAGCCAGUACCAAGGAAGUUAAUUCAGCCAUUUCAGCUUUGUCCAAGAAGCCGUCAAAGGACAUAUUUAGCGGCAAUGCGGAAGUGGAACCAGGUGAAACUGAGAAAAGAAGGGGGCGAUAUAAGGGGAAGAAAGUUCCUGUGUACACUGAGUUGGAUGAUGACAUUGGAGACUCCUCUGACGCUAGUUCUGAAGACAGAAAUGAAUAUUCUGCUCCUGAAGAGGAUGGUGAAGUUGGAGAAUAUGAAGAUGAGGAGGAGGAUGCUGCUGAAGACAAUAAAGACCAGUCAGAGGAGGAUGUUCCUGUUAAUGAUGGGUUUGAUUAUCCUCGAGCUAGUGAAAGUACCAGAGCUGGUCAUAUGGUAGAUGAACCUGGAUCCCCUGGAUCAUCAUCAGACAGUCGCAGGAUCACACGGGCAGUCUCACCCUCUGUAUCUUCUCAGAAGUUCGCAACUCUAUCAGCUAUAGAUGCCAGGCCUAGUUCUGGCUCCAAAAAACUGCUUGAUGAGCUCGAGGAGGGGGAGAUUGUUGUUUCUGGAGAUUCACAUUUGGAUAUGCAGCAGUCAGGUAGCUGGAAUCAUGAGCGUGAAGAAGGAGAAGAUGAACAGGUGGUGCAGCCCAAAAUCAAAAGAAAGCGUAGCAUAAGACUUCGGCCAAGGCAUACUAUUGAUAGACCAGAAGAGAGGUAUAGUGAAAAGAUGUCUCUUCAACGCGGAGAUCCAUCACAAUCUCAAUGUUUACCAGAUCAAAGGUUUGGAAGUCAAUUGAGGAUUGAUCCAGAGUCCAAAACGUUUGGAGAUUCUUCUGCUCUGAAGCAAGAUCAAUGUGAUAUGUCUUCAAAAACUCGUAGAAGCUUACCUUCAAGGAGAACCGGAAGUACAUCAAAGCUGCAUGCCUCUACUCAAUCUGGUAGAUUGAAUAGCUUGUCUAAUCCCACCGAAGAAGCAUUCGAGAAUUCCAGGGACAGUUUUGAUGGUAACAAAGAUGUGAACACAUCCGGAAAUUCAAGCUUUGGUGCUAAGAUGUCCGACAUCAUUCAGAGAAGGUGCAAGAAUGUGAUCGGCAGGGUCCAGAAGAGGAUAGACAAGGAAGGCCAUGUUGUACCUCUCCUGAUAGAUUUGUGGAAGAAAACUGAAAGUUCAGGCUAUACAAAUGGACCAGGAAACAAACUAUUGGAUUUACGUAAAAUAGACCAUCGAAUUGACAGACUACAGUAUAGUGGAGUGAUGGAAGUUGUUAAUGAUGUGCAAUUGAUGUUGAAAAGUGCAGUGCAGUAUUAUGGUUUUUCACAUGAGGUGAGAUGUGAAGCAAGGAAAGUUCAUGAUCUAUUUUUCGACAUAUUGAAGGGUUCUUUCCCAGAUGUUGAUUUCCAGGAGGCCAAAAAUACUGUGUCUUUCUCUGGUCCACCAUCAACUGCAGCUUCUGUUGCUUUGAGAUCCACAUCUGCAUCACAAGGUAGUAAUAGAAAGCAAAGAUUGAUGAAUGAUGUUGAACGAGGUGAUUUGAACCCAUCCCCAAGGCAGUCAUUGCGAGGUCCCCCUAUUAUGGCUAAUGAAGACUCAAGGAUGACGAGAUCCCAUUUGCCUGUAAAAGAAUCGAGGCUCGGCAGCAGUAGCAUUCGAGACCAAGAUGACUCUCCCCUGCUGACUCACCCAGGAGACUUGGUUGUAUGCAAGAAAAAGAGGAAGGACAGGGAAAAGCCUGCGGCUGUGAAUACAAGAUCUGGGUCCACAGGACCUGUCUCUCCUCCAAGCAUGGGACGAAGUAGUAUAAGGAGCCCUGGUUCAGUGUCAACCCCAAGGGAUAGUCGAGCAGGUGGGCAGCAGCAGAUGUGGUCCAAUCAGUCGUCCCAACAGGUUAAUGGCAGCGGUAGUAGUGGUGGAACGAUUGGAUGGGCCAACCCUGUAAAGAGAUUGAGGACAGAUGCAGGAAAGAGGAGACCGAGCAUUAUGUGAUUGAAACAUUAUAUUACAUUUGAAGUAUGAUGAUGUUUAAAGAAAAUUCCUUUGCCCUUAAUGUGUAAGCAGGUAUAGGGUAACUAGUAGAUCUGUACAAGUACAGUUAGGCUUUUAGGCUUUACCCCGCUCCCUCUAAUUUUUUCUUAGUGUUUUUCCUCCUUUUGCUAAGCAUAUACUUCCUUUUCGUUGUCAUAUAAUUCGAGCAUCAUUGCCGCCAUUGUAUAUCUGGUGCUCUGUCCUGUGAAUGUUAUGUUCUCAUAGCACUAUAGUCUCCUCUCUGGCUCUCUGUUAAUGUUAUUUAGUUUGCGUUGUGGCGCACAUUAGCUAUCAUUCGGCAAUGCUGUAUCAGUGUCACUUUUAAUAUACAGAGUAAUUGAUCACACCUUAUUUUUGA